GCGCAGCGCGGGCCUAGUUGAGGCGGCUUAGCUGCGCUGGCAACUCCCCGGGCGGUCGGCGGCGCGCGGGAUGCGUGGUUCCCGCGCGCGCACGGACAGAGAGAGAGAGAGAGAGAGUAGCGUGCGCGAAGCGAUCUGAGGGUUCCGCGGAACGGCCGGCGUCUUCUCUACGUGCGGGGAGACGGUGGCGGAGCUCGAGACGCCCGCGGGUCGGAGCAAAAGCAGCAUGCGGGUGGCGGCGCUCUGGGCGCGCGUGGGUACCACUUGAAUGGGCUGAUCAGUGUGAAAGGGACCUAAAACUUUUGCUUGCAAAAGGGUGUGAGGAGUUUUGCUGCACAUAGGAAUAUAUUUGCAUGUGUAACACUGGAUGUAUUCACCACUUUCUCUACUUUGGAAUAUGAAGCCUAACUUCAGCAUCUCAACAUUUGUUGUGGUAGCAGCAGUUUUGUGCUGCUUGAUGUCAUCAACAGAGGCAGAUAGCAAACCAAACUUUAUGAAAACUCCUGAAGAUCAGAUUGGGAUUUCUGGUGGUGUGGCCUCCUUUGUAUGCCAAGCAACAGGAGAGCCAAAGCCACGCAUCACUUGGAUGAAGAAAGGAAAAAAGGUCAGCUCCCAGAGAUUUGAGGUUAUUGAAUUUGAUGAUGGAUCUGGAUCAGUUCUGCGGAUUCAACCACUACGUGUCCUUCGGGAUGAAGCAAUUUAUGAAUGCAUGGCUACCAGCAGUGUUGGCGAAAUAAACACGAGUGCCAAACUUACAGUAUUAGAAGAGAAUCAACUUCCUCCAGGCUUUCCAACUAUAGAUAUGGGCCCCCAGCUCAAGGUAGUAGAGAAGGCCCGCACAGCUACAAUGCUUUGUGCUGCCAGCGGCAACCCUGACCCCGAAAUCUCCUGGUACAAAGAUUUCCUUCCGGUGGACACAGCUGCUAGCAAUGGCAGGAUCAAACAGCUUCGUUCAGGGGCUCUCCAAAUUGAAAACAGCGAGGAGUCGGAUCAAGGCAAAUACGAAUGUGUUGCUACAAACAGUGCAGGGACCCGUUACUCUGCUCCAGCAAACCUUUAUGUGCGAGUGCGGCGAGUAUCUCCUCGAUUUUCAAUCCCUCCAAGCAACCAUGAAGUGAUGCCUGGAGGGAGUGUGAACCUCACAUGUGUAGCAGUGGGGUCUCCAAUGCCGUAUGUGAAGUGGAUCUUUGGAGAUGUGGAAUUAACAAAAGAAGAUGACAUGCCAAUGGGCAGGAAUGUUCUAGAACUGAUCAAUAUUACACAAUCAGCCAACUAUACAUGUGAAGCCAUGUCCUCACUGGGAGUAAUCCAUGCAACAGCCCAGAUUACUGUCAAAGCUCUGCCAAAGCCCCCGACAGAACCAUUAGUGACUGAAACAACGGCCACCAGUGUUACUCUCACGUGGGACUCUGGAAAUGCAGACCCCAUCUCUUAUUAUGUCAUCCAAUAUAAGUCAAAAUCUUUGGAGGGAACGUUCCAAGAAGUGGAUGGGGUGGCCACCACCCGCUAUAGUAUUGGUGGCCUAAGCCCCUUCUCAGAAUAUGAGUUCCGCAUUAUUGCUGUAAACAACAUUGGAAGGAGCCUCCCUAGUGAACUGGUGGAGGCGCGGACAGGAGAACAAGCUCCAUCAAGCCCACCCCUCAAAGUGCAGGCACGGAUGCUGAGCGCUAGCACCAUGCUGGUCCAGUGGGAGCAACCUGAAGAGCCUAAUGGACUGAUUCGAGGCUACCGGGUAUACUACACCACUGAUCCCCAUCUACCGCUCAGCAUGUGGCAGAAGCACAACACUGAUGACAGUCAUCUCACCACUGUGGGCAGUUUGAUAACUGAGACUACAUAUAGUAUCCGUGUCUUGGCUUUCACCUCAGUAGGAGAUGGGCCCCCUUCUGAUGUUAUUCAAGUCAAGACCCAGCAGGGUGUGCCAGCCCAGCCAGCAGAUUUCCAAGCUGAGGCCGAGUCAGAUACACGGAUCAUGUUGACUUGGCUACCAGCCUCUCAAGAGCGCAUCACCAAGUAUGAGCUGAUAUACUGGGAGGGAACAAAUGGGAUCCAGCAUAAGUUGGAAUUCGACCAGACUUCUUCUUAUCCAGUUGAAGGACUCAAGCCAGACACACUCUACAAAUUUCAGCUAGGAGCCCGGUCUGAGCAGGGACUAGGAGUCCUUACUCCAGUUUUGGAAGCUCGGACAGCACAGUCCACCCCUUCUGCCCCACCCCAAGAGGUCGCAUGUGUAAGCAUCAGCUCUACCACCAUCCGGGUAAGUUGGGUACCACCGCCGGCUCAUAGCCGCAAUGGAGUCAUCACGCAAUAUUCCAUCGCAUACCAGGCAGUGGAAGGAGAGGACAGCACCAAGCAUGUGGUUGAGGGCAUUGGACAUGAGCACUCCAGCUGGGAGAUCAGCAACUUGGAGAAAUGGACAGAGUACAAAGUGUGGGUGAGGGCUCACACAGAUGUUGGUCCUGGACCAGAGAGCAUCCCUGUCUCUGUUCGCACUGAUGAAGACGUGCCCGGUGCUCCCCCACGGAAAGUGGAGGUAGAGUCAGUGAACUCAACAGCAAUUCGUGUUUCCUGGAAAUCACCCAUCUCCAACAAACAGCAUGGCCAAAUUCGAGGUUACCAAGUCACCUAUGUAAAAAUGGAGAAUAAUGAACCAGUUGGACCACAUGUCAUCAAAGAUGUCAUGGUAGCAGAAUCCCAGUUGAGGCUUAAGGACUCUGCUGACCACGAAACCAUCAUAGGAGGCCUUUUACCAGAAACUACCUAUUCUGUCAGCAUCGCGGCCUAUACCACUAAAGGGGAUGGGGCCCGCAGCAAGGCCAAAGUGAUUGCUACAACUGGAGCAGUCCCAGGCAAACCUACCAUGAUGAUCAGUACAACAUCUAUGAACACUGCCCUAAUCAAUUGGCUCCCACCCAAAGAGAUGGUUGGAGAGCUCUUGGGCUACAUGCUGCGAUACAAAUGUGCUGAUGAAGAGAAGAUGAUAGUAAUUCAGUUUGGAAAAGAUGACGAUCACUACACUGUGACCAAACUUUACAAGGGUGCCACUUACAUCUUCAAAUUGUCUGCAAAGAAUAGGGCAGGUCCUGGGGAGGAGUUUGAGAAGGAAAUAAGUACUCCAGAGGAGCCACCAAGUGGCUUCCCCCAGAACCUGGAGGUGGUUGGGCUUACCACCUCCACCACUAAAGUGACCUGGAAUCCACCACUGCUGGCUGAGAGGAAUGGAAAAAUUACUAACUAUACAGUUGUAUACAGAGACAUAAACAGCCAGCAAAACCUGACCAAUGUUACUAAGGAACAAAGUAUCACUCUGACCAAUCUCAAGUCUGAUACAACUUACGACAUCAGAGUUAGAGCCCACACUAGCAAGGGAGCGGGACCUCUCAGCCCCAGCAUUCAAUCAAGAACAAUGCCAAUGGAACAAGUGUUCGCAAAGAACUUCCGUGUCAGUGCAGUGAUGAAAACCUCAGUGCUACUUAGUUGGGAAGUACCUGAUUCUUAUAAAUCGGCAGUACCAUUCAAGAUUCUAUACAAUGGGCAGACUGUGGAGGUAGAUGGACAUUCUAUGAAGAAGCUGAUUAAUUACUUGCAGCCAGACACAAAUUAUUCCUUUGCACUUACAAACCGGGGAAGUAGUGCAGGCGCAUUACAACAUCGGGUCUUCAUCCGGACAUCACCUGAUGUUUUCCAGACAAAGCCUGUUUCCCCAUACAAAUAUAUCCAUAAUGGACAGUUCACCAUCACCCUCCCCAAAGUGAAGACUUCUGUGCCAGUCAGGUCGUACUACAUUGUGGUAGUACCAAUAGAGCACACAAGCAGGAUGCUCGCCUCCAGACUGAAGAGUCCCGAUGAGAUGGAACUGGACCAGCUACUUGAGGCCAUAAACCAAGGGUCCAUAGAAAGGCGCCAGCGUCGACAAGCAGAACGCCUCAAGCCUUAUAUCGCAGCCCAAGUGGAAGAACUGCCAGAAACAUUUGUUUUGGGAGAUGAAAAGAAUUAUAAAGGCUUCUUUAAUAAGCCACUUUCAGAAGAUUUGAGCUACCGUUGUUUUGUGCUGGCUUCACUGGAAGAUGGUGAUACGAAGAAGUAUGCAGCCAGUCCCUAUUCAGAGGAGAUUGUGAUGGAGGUAUCACCAAAGCCGCAAGAUGAACCAGAAAUGCUGUGGGUGAUGGGCCCUGUCCUUGCGGUCAUCUUGAUUAUCAUUAUCGUUAUUGCCAUCCUACUCUUCAAAAGGAAAAGGACCAAUUCACCCUCAUCCAAGGAUGAACAUACCAUUGGCCUGAAGGAUUCCUUACUCGCCCACUCUUCUGACCCUGUUGAAAUGAGGCGACUGAACUACCAAACACCAGGCAUGCGUGACCAUCCUCCCAUUCCAGUAACAGACCUUGCUGACAAUAUUGACAGACUGAAAGCCAACGAUGGACUGAAAUUCUCCCAGGAAUAUGAGUCCAUUGAUCCUGGGCAACAGUUCACCUGGGAGAACUCCAACUUGGAAGUGAACAAACCAAAGAAUCGCUAUGCAAAUGUGAUUGCCUAUGAUCACUCUCGAGUCAUCUUGACCUCCAUUGAUGGGGUCCCUGGAAGUGACUAUAUCAAUGCCAACUACAUUGAUGGCUACCGCAAACAGAACGCUUACAUUGCUACACAGGGGCCACUGCCUGAGACACUCAGUGACUUCUGGAGAAUGGUAUGGGAGCAACGUACAGCAACAAUCGUCAUGAUGACACGACUGGAGGAAAAGUCUCGGGUGAAAUGUGAUCAGUACUGGCCAGGACGUGGUACAGAGACCUAUGGGUUAAUCCAAGUGACUUUGCUGGAUACGGUUGAACUUGCAACUUAUACAGUCCGAACAUUUGCCCUGUACAAGAACGGCUCCAGUGAAAAACGGGAACUGCGACAGUUUCAGUUUAUGGCGUGGCCUGACCAUGGUGUGCCAGAAUAUCCUACUCCAAUUUUAGCAUUCUUGAGACGAGUAAAAGCAUGCAAUCCUUCAGAUGCUGGCCCAGUGGUUGUACAUUGCAGUGCUGGUGUAGGCAGAACAGGCUGCUUCAUUGUAAUUGAUGCCAUGCUUGAGAGGAUGAAGCAUGAAAAGACAGUGGACAUCUAUGGGCAUGUGACAUGCAUGCGCUCACAAAGAAACUAUAUGGUGCAGACUGAGGAUCAAUACAUCUUCAUCCACGAAGCCUUGCUAGAAGCAGCCACUUGUGGAAACACCGAGGUGCCUGCCCGCAAUCUCUUUGCCCAUAUCCAGAAACUGAGUCAGGUACCUCCAGGUGAGAGUGUCACAGCAAUGGAACUAGAGUUUAAGCUCCUCGCCAAUUCCAAAGCACAUACCUCACGAUUCAUCAGUGCCAAUCUUCCAUGCAACAAAUUCAAAAACCGCCUAGUGAAUAUCAUGCCCUAUGAGCUGACACGGGUUUGCCUGCAGCCAAUCCGGGGUGUUGAAGGCUCAGAUUAUAUCAAUGCUAGUUUUGUAGAUGGUUACAGACAACAGAAGGCUUACAUCGCCACACAGGGACCUUUGGCUGAGACUACAGAGGAUUUCUGGCGAAUGCUGUGGGAACACAACUCCACCAUUGUAGUGAUGCUGACAAAACUGCGAGAAAUGGGGCGGGAAAAAUGCCACCAGUACUGGCCAGCAGAACGCUCUGCUCGGUACCAGUACUUUGUAGUGGAUCCCAUGGCUGAAUAUAACAUGCCUCAAUAUAUCCUUCGUGAGUUUAAGGUCACUGAUGCUAGAGAUGGGCAAUCAAGAACUAUCCGGCAAUUCCAGUUCACUGACUGGCCGGAGCAGGGAGUACCAAAAACAGGUGAAGGCUUUAUUGACUUCAUUGGCCAAGUACAUAAAACUAAGGAACAGUUUGGCCAGGAUGGGCCCAUCACAGUACACUGCAGUGCGGGGGUCGGACGCACAGGGGUGUUCAUCACAUUGAGUAUUGUACUGGAGCGUAUGCGCUAUGAAGGGGUAGUUGACAUGUUCCAGACAGUGAAGACCCUGAGAACACAGCGACCAGCCAUGGUGCAGACAGAGGACCAGUAUCAACUGUGUUAUCGGGCUGCUCUGGAGUAUCUUGGCAGCUUUGAUCACUAUGCAACGUAACUAAUGCUUUCAACAGGUUGCAGCAGGAAUGUCUAAGUGCAGAGACGGGUUCUUCCCAGCCAGCCGCCUAUUUGUUAGUCCUUCUGUGCAGAUGCUGCUGUUGCAGCAACAGCCUCCCCAUUGACCAACCAGUUUUGACCACAGUAUUUAGGUACAUUGCCACCAUGCUAAAAAUGGGACCAUCUAACAUUUCCAAGCACCAGAUGGAUUUAGGUUAAUACCUACACUCCUUUUCCUCCUCCUCCUCCCUCCACCACCCCUGAUAACAUUUCAUGGUGAGGGUCACUAGGUGGAAGGGACAAAAAUUUUUAUAUAUGUAAAAUAGUUAACUAGCCUUUUAUAUCUUUUCUUUUUUAAAAAAUUCUUUUGCAAGUCUUAAUGUUUUGCUCAGGCAAAACAGGAGAAUAGAGGUGGUGGGGUUUUAAUUUUCCUUUGUCUUCUCGCUUCCCCCCCCCCCUUAUGUUGUCUCAACCAUAGUGGCGCUGCCCAUUUUCGGGCACUCCCAGGUUAAUAUUAGCACCUGGCUCAUAGCUCUGGGAUCCUCCAACUCCCUCUUCAGUCCUUUGUAGAAUAUUCAUUUCCACAGAGUUGGAGCCAACCUAAUGAUUACUUCUGAAGUUUUUUUUUUUUUUCCAUAGGCUUGUCUUGUCAGAUGAGGCUCUAGCUAGAUCAGAUGCUUGAUCCUAUUGACAUGUGUCCAGUGACCUCAUAUAUUUCAACAGAUUCCAUGUAAACUUUCUAAUGGAAAGAGAGACCCACUGCCCUCAGAGCUUGUCUUGUUGAGAUGGGAGGAAAUGUGGCAUUGUUGCCACAGUCAAGUUCUAAAAAGGGACCUCACCAUAACAUUCCUUUAUUUAGUCCUUUUUGUGCCAAUAGCAUCCUGAAGUGUGGUUACAUAGAAAAUGUGGCCAACAAAGAGUAUCAGAGUAUUUUCCAAGGUAAAAUAGCACAACUCCGGAAGGCCAGCCUUCCUGCACAAACAGCUCCCAAAUGGGGGUGCCUUGGUUAUAGGAGGGGGAGAAGGAUUGGGGGUUUUCAAAUAAGGAAAUCACUUCUUAGAGGCUGGGUUUGGGUCUAAAUCUUGCUAUCCUGUAAACAUUUAAAAGUCAUUAGAAUGCUCUCAUUUUCAACAAUGUAAAGAUGGUUUAAUUAACCAAUGUGGCAAGACUACUGGAAUUAAUUUAAUGGUACUAUAUAUUAUUCCUCUUUAUUAACUUACACUUGCACUAAAGGCAGAAAGAUUACAGCCUUCUCCCAGGUGCAUAGCUCUAAAAAUAAAGGUGGUGGAAAGGUCUCUAACUGUAUUAUCCAAUGUAUCCAAACUGCAUUGAAAUCAACAAUCCUGGGUGGUGAUGUUGGAGAGAACAUUCAUUUUUACCUUGUGAUAGCAUAGUGCUGUAGGGGUCACUGUUGUAUACAGUCUGUUUUCUAUUUGUUAAUAAAGUUCUACAGCAUCAUUGCAUAAUUCUUGAUGUUAAUAAAUUUGAAUAAUCAGGUUUCCUACA